CCUGGUAUGACACUGGUCGCCCCCCCAUGACGUGUCCACGUGGUAGAGCUGGUGACAGGGAGGAUCAGCUUUGCCAGUCCCUGCAGGCUGCUUGGCUCUCUGGCGCACAAGUCUCCUGGCAGUGCCAGCGACGAGCCUGAAUCGCCGCUCCCUCCCACAGCGUCCUAUAAAUGCUCUGCCCUCUCUCUUUUUUGCCUCAUCGGCACGGCUCAGAUUAACAACCAUUAUUUUCUUCAGCAAUCUUAGGAUCGGAAGUGCAUCGUUAACUACGCAGGAUGCUUGCAGAGCACCGGGAGAACAGUAGGGCUGGCUUCGGCCUCAAGAAGCCUCUAAAGAUGAAUAUGGUGAAGAGGAUCAUGGGAAGGCCACGGCAGGAGGAGUGCAGCCCACAGGACAACGCGCUGGGACUGAUGCACCUGCGCCGCCUCUUCUCUGAGCUCUGCCACCCGCCGCGCCACAUGACACAGAAAGAGCAGGAGGAGAAGCUUUAUAUGAUGCUGCCUGUUUUCAAUCGGGUGUUUGGGAAUGCUCCACCGAGCACCAUGAAUGAGAAGUUUUCAGACCUGCUGCAGUUCACCACACAAGUGUCCAGACUUAUGGUGACUGAGAUCAGACGGAGGGCAUCCAAUAAAUCUACAGAGGCAGCCAGCAGAGCCAUUGUGCAGUUUCUGGAGGUAAAUCAGAGCGAGGAGACGAGUCGGGGCUGGAUGCUCCUGACCACCAUCAACCUGCUGGCCUCCUCAGGACAGAAAACUGUGGACUGUAUGACAACAAUGUCAGUGCCCUCGACGCUGGUGAAAUGCCUGUAUUUGUUUUUUGACCUGCCCCACAUGCCUGAGGUUCCUGCUGCCACCCAGACCGAGCUUCCUCUGGCGGAUCGCAGGGCUCUUCUGCAGAAAGUCUUUGUCCAGAUCCUGGUGAAGUUGUGCAGUUUCGUGUCUCCAGCAGAGGAACUGGCCCAGAAGGAUGACCUCCAGCUGCUCUUUAGUGCCAUCACCUCCUGGUGCCCCCCACACAAUCUGCCCUGGAGGAAGAGCGCCGGAGAAGUGCUCACCACCAUCUCCCGACAUGGCCUCAGCGUCAAUGUUGUCAAGUACAUCCACGAGAAAGAGUGCUUAUCAACAUGCAUCCAGAACAUGCAGCAGUCAGAUGACCUUUCUCCUCUGGAGAUUGUGGAGAUGUUCGCUGGGCUCUCCUGUUUCCUGAAGGACUCGAGUGAUGUCUCUCAGACACUGCUGGAUGACUUCCGCAUGUGUCAGGGCUACACCUUCCUCAUAGAUCUUAUGAUCAGGUUGGAGCAGGCCAAAGAGGAUGAAUCCAAAGAUGCUCUAAAGGACCUGGUGAACCUGGUGACCGCUCUGACCACAUAUGGUGUCAGUGAGCUGAAGCCAGCUGGACUUACCACCGGAGCACCCUUCCUGCUUCCAGGUUUUGUGGUUCCACAGCCUUCUGGGAAAGGUCACACUGUCAGGAACAUCCAGGCUUUUUCUGUGCUUCAGAAUGCUUUCCUGAAGGCCAAGAGCGGUCGAUUAGCACGUAUGAUCCUUGAAGCCAUUGCCAACAUCUAUGCCGCCGACUAUGCCAACUACUUCAUCUUAGAGGCCCAGCACACACUCUCACAGUUCGCGGAGCGGGUAACAAAGCUGCCAGAGGUGCAGUCCAAGUACUUUGAGCUGCUGGAGUUUGUCGUCUUCGGACUUAAUUAUGUACCAUGCAAAGAGCUUUUUAGCGUUAGCGUGCUAUUAAAGUCGAGCACCUCUUACGGAUGCAGCAUCACAGCCACCCGCACUCUUCUCAAGCUUGGACGUCACCACCCUGUCUUCAGUGAUGUCUUCCGUGAAGUUGGACUGCUGGAAGUGCUUGUAAAUCUGCUCCACAAAUAUGCAGCGCUGUUGAAAGACCCCACGCAAACCCAUAGCGAUCAGGGUGAUUCCAAAAACAAUGUGGCUGAAGAACAAAAACAGCUUGCCUGGCUUGUCAUGGAGACUCUCACAGUCCUAUUGCAAGGCUCAAACACUAAUGCAGGGUUGUUCCGGGAGUUUGGGGGAGCGCGGUGUGUGCACAACAUUGUGAAGUAUCGUCAGUGUCGUGAGCACGCUCUGAUGAUCAUCCAGCAGCUGGUCUUGUCGCCGUCUGGAGAUGAUGACAUGGGCACUCUGCUCGGCCUCAUGCACUCCGCUCCAACAGCAGAACUACAGCUCAAAACUGACAUCCUGCGGGCUCUGCUGGCGGUGCUGCGUGAAAGCCACCGUACUCGCACCGUCUUCCGCAAAGUGGGUGGUUUUGUUUAUGUGACCUCUCUGCUGCUGGCCAUGGAGCGCUCUCUCUGCUCUCCACCCGUCAUCGGCUGGGAGAAGGUCAACCAGAACAAAGUCUUUGAACUCCUACACACCAUAUUCUGCACUCUAACAGCUGCCAUGCGUUACGAACCUGCAAACUCGCACUUCUUUCGCACUGAGAUCCAGUAUGAGAAGCUGGCCGACGCAGUGCGACUUUUGGGAUGCUUUUCUGACGCUAAGAAAGUUGGUCCGGCGACCGUCUUCCCGUCAAACGCCCAACCAUUCCAGCGGUUACUGGAGGAUGAGAUCAUACCUGCUGAAAACGUGUGUCCCACACUCAAGCACUGCAGCAAGCUCUUCAUCUACAUGUACAAGAUGGCCACCGACUCAUUUGACAGUCGUGCCGAGCAGGUGCCCCCCUGCUUGACUCACGAGACCUCGCUGCCCUCCCCUUGGGGCACGCCAGCAAUCACCAGGAAGAGUAGGCAUGGCUAUAGCAGCUCAUCCAACUCUGCUUCUGGUAAAGCCCUAACGGACCUAAAACUGCACUUGGGGAAUUCGUCCCAGCAUUCCUCAGACCCUGUAGUCAUCCACCCUGGAGCAGUGCUGGCAAUGCUCGACCUCCUACCCUCCGUUUCUUCUGACACACAGCCUGAGCAUGCUCUGGACCUGCAGCUGGCGGUUGCUAACAUCCUGCAGCUGCUGGUGCAUUCAGAGAGGAACCAGCAGAUCCUGUGUGAAGCGGGUCUGCAUUCUCGCUUGCUGCAGCGCUGUAGCUGCGCUUUAGGAGAUGAAGAUCAUCCACUCCACCCUCCACUGCAGAGGAUGUUUGAGAGACUGGCAUCUCAGGCUCUGGAGCCAAUGGUGCUCAGGGAAUUUUUACGACUAGGAAAUCCUCUGAACUGCGGUGCCUGGGACAAAAAGCUCCUGAAGCAGUACCGGGUCCACAAGCCGAGCUCCCUCAGCUACGAAGCCGAAAUGCGAAACAGCAUGACCCUGUCCAUGGAGGGUUUUGGCCCGGAUAGCGUCUUCACAAUUAAUGAGGACAACAGCCAGUACCGGAUCAGCCGAAGUCUGGUGCGCUCAGCCGAGGGCAGCACUGUGCCUCUCACCCGAGUCAAGUGCCUGGUCUCCAUGACGACGCCCCAUGACAUCCGUCUCCACGGGUCCUCCGUCACACCCGCCUUCGUGGAGCUUGACACGUCAUUAGAGGGAUUCGGCUGUUUGUUUUUGCCCAGUUUGGCCCCUCACAAUGCACCGUCCAGCAAUGCCAACACAUCUGGAGUGAGUGACGGGGCUGUGGUCAGCGGCAUGGGAAAUGGAGAGCGUUUCUUUCCACCUCCAUCUGGUCUGAGCUACUCUACAUGGUUCUGUGUUGAGCGCUUCAGCACGCCACCUCAGAGUCACCCGGUGCGUCUGCUCACAGUGGUGCGGAGGGCAACCUCGUCUGAGCAGCACUACGUGUGUCUGGCCAUCGUGCUUUCUGCUAAAGACCGAUCUCUCAUUGUGUCCACCAAAGAAGAGCUCCUUCAGUCAUAUGUGGAUGACUUCAGUGAGGAGUCUUCCUUCUAUGAGAUCCUGCCCUGCUGUGCUCGUUUCCGCUGCGCUGACCUCAUCACCGAGGGACAGUGGCACCACCUGCUGUUGGUUAUGAGCAAAGGAAUGCUGAAGAACAGUAUGGCCACCCUGUACAUCGACGGCCAGAUGGUCAGCACAGUCAAGCUGCACUAUGUCCACAAUUCUCCGGGUGGCUCAGCCUCCGCAAACCCACCUGUGGUGAGCACAGUGUACAGCUACAUCGGCACACCACCGGCCCAGCGCCAGCUCUCCACUCUGGUCUGGCGACUGGGGCCCACACACUUUCUGGAGGAGGUGCUGCCUGCUGCCAGUGUGGCUGCCAUCUAUGAGCUGGGACCCAAUUAUGUAGGCAGUUUCCAAGCUGUUUACCUGCCAUGUAAAGACUCAAAAACAGAAGCUGUGCCACCCUGUCCUGUUGGACUGGUCCCUGAGGAGAAAGUCUCCUUUAGUCUCUUUGCUCACUCUGUAUCUGCUCUCACUGUGGCCAAGAUCAGAAAAGUCUACAACAAACUGGACAGCAAAGCCAUUGCCAAACAGCUGGGGGUUUCCUCUCAUGAAAGUGCCACACCAGUCAAGCUUGUUCAUAAUGCAGUAGGCCAUCUCAACGGAUCAGCCAGGACCGUUGGAGCUGCAGUCAUUGGUUACCUGGGUGUGCGGGCCUUUGUAACCAAACCAGUGGCCACCAACCUCCAGUACAUCGGAGGAGCAGCUGCCAUUCUGGGCCUGGUUGCCAUGGCAUCAGACGUGGAGGGUCUAUAUGCCGCAGUAAAAGCAUUAGUGUGUGUUGUCAAGAGCAACCCACUUGCGAGCAAGGAGAUGGAGCGUAUCAAAGGCUACCAGCUGUUGGCCAUGCUGCUGAAGAAGAAACGCCCUCUGUUGAAUAGCCAUAUCCUGCACUUGACCUUCUCCCUGGUUGGAACUGUUGAUAGUGGCCACGAGACCUCCAUCAUCCCAAACUCCACAGCCUUUCAGGACCUGCUGUGCGAUUUUGAGGUUUGGCUUCAUGCUCCCUAUGAACUGCACCUUUCUCUCUUCGAGCACUUCAUUGAACUUCUGACUGAAUCCAGUGAAGCUGCCAAGAAUGCCAAACUAUUGCGUGAGUUCCAGCUGAUCCCCAAACUGCUGCUGACUUUGAGGGAUCAGUCUUUGUCUCAGCCCACCAUUACUGCCAUCGGCAAUGUCCUCAGUCUCCUGCUGCAGGGCUUCCCCAACACAUAUGACCUGCUCAGAUUUGGGCAGUUUAUCUCUUCAACAUUGCCAACAUUUGCUGUCUGCGAGAAAUUUGUUAUUAUGGAGAACACAAACGAGGAGAAGAUCGACAGAGGAGCUGACGAGGAAUUCGGAGGCCUUCUGUCAUCCAACCUGAUUCUCCUGCGGAACAGACUCCUGGACAUCCUGCUCAAACAGCUCUUCAGCUGCAAAGAGAAGGGCACGGUUAAUGCACAGGCAUGCGAGGAGCUUGUACGCACCUUGGGUUUUGAUUGGUUGCUGAUGUUUAUGGAAGAACACAUUCACUCCAGCACUGUGACUGCGGCUCUCUUGAUCCUGGUGGUCUUGCUGAGUAACCAGUCCAUCCUCAGCCGGUUUAAAGAGGGCCUGUCUGGAGGAGGAUGGCUGGAUCACACAGACUCUGUGCUCACUAAUAAGAUCGGCACAGUGCUGGGAUUUAAUGUGGGUCGCAGCGCAGGAGGAAGGUCAACGUUGCGUGAAAUCAACAGAGAUGCCUGUCAUUUCCCAGGAUUCCCUGUAUUGCAAACUUUGUUGCCCAAACACACCAACGUCCCAGAGAUCUACUUCAUGCUUAUGGCUCUCUUCUUUCAGCAGCCAAUCACAGAGCUGCCCGAGAGCCUGCAGGUACAUUUUGACCUGGACUCUAUCUGGACGUUUAUAUUUGGCGUCCCAGCCUCCAGCGCUACAGUGGUGGGCUCCCUUCACAAUAUGUGCACCGAAACAGCUUUCCUGCUUCUGGCCAUGCUGCGCAGCAUGCUUAACCUGCCUUGGCAGUCAGAAGAGGAGGGUUCCUGGCUAAGAGAAUAUCCCAUCACUCUCAUGCAGUUUUUCCGUUAUCUCUAUCACAACAUCCCAGAUCUGGCACCCAUGUGGCACAGCCCGGACUUCCUGUGUACACUUGCUGCUACCGUUUUCCCCUUCAAUAUACGACCCUACUCAGAGAUGGUGAGUGAUUUAGAUGAUGAAGCAAGCUCACCCACAGAAGAGUUCAAAGCCUUUGUGACAGAUACUGGUAUGAACCGCAGCCAGUCAGAAUACUGUAACGUAGGGAAUAAAACCUACCUGACCAACCACCCAGCCAAGAAGUACGUCUUUGACUUCAUGAGGCUCCUCAUUAUGGACAACCUGUGCAUGACACCUGCCAGCAAACAGACCCCCAUCAUUGAUCUUCUUCUGGAGGCAUCACCAGAGCGCUCCACGAGGACUCAGCAGAAGGAGUUUCAGUCCUACAUCCUGGACAGUGUGAUGGAGCAGCUUCUUGCAGCAGAUGUGCUGAUGGGUGAGGAGGCAUCAUUGCCAAUAACGACUGGAGGAAGUUACCAGGUCCUGGUUAACAACGUCUUCUACUUCACCCAACGUGUGGUGGAUAAGCUGUGGCAGGGCAUGUUCAACAAGGAGUCAAAGCUAGUGGUGGAUUUCAUCGUUCAGCUGAUCACUCAGUCCAAACGGCGAUCACAGGGUUUGUCUCUCGACUCAGUCUAUCAUUGUCUAAACCGAACAAUACUCUACCAGCUCUCACGACCACACAAGACCGUCCCGCAGCAGGUCACCCUGCUGGAUUCACUACGUGUGCUGACGGUAAACCGAAAUCUCGUGUUGGGUCCCGGGAACCAUGACCAGGAGUUUGUGGCCUGCCUGGCCCACUGUUUGAUCAACCUGCACACGGGAAGUAGUGUGGAGGGCUUUGGUCUGGAGGCCGAAGCAAGAAUGACCACCUGGCAUGUGGCUGUUCCAUCUGAGAAUGAGUCGGACAGUGUGCAGAGCCAGGAUGUCAGCGAAGGUCGUCAGUUGUUGCUCAAGGCUGUGAAUCGUGUGUGGACGGAGCUCAUGCACAGUAAGCGGCAAAUGCUGGAGGAUAUUUUUAAAGUGUCUCUGCCUGUUAAUGACAGAGGACAUGUGGACAUCGGCACCGCUCGACCUGCUCUAGAGGAACCUGCUGCUAAAAGCUGGCAGAACCACCUGGUCCAUGAAAAGAAAUGCAUUAGCAGAGGUGAGACUGUCGCCCCAGCAAAUCAGUCCAAAUUGUCUCGAGUUAGCAGUGGCUUUGGUCUGUCCAAACUGACCGGCUCCCGUCGCAGCAAGAAGGAAAGUGGCAUGAACAAAAACAACCUUUCAGCACAGGAGACCUUCCAGUGGAUGUUCACACAUAUUGCUGUGGUUCGGGACCUAGUAGCAAUGCAGUACAAAGAGCAUCAAGAGAGGCAGCAGAAUGCACUGAAGUAUGUGAUGGAUGAGUGGGCAGGCAUUGAAUAUGAGCUGCUUCGGGAGAGGGGUCUCUGGGGGCCUCCCAUUGGCUCCCACCUGGACAAGUUUCAGCUGGACAUGACUGAGGGACCCUGUAGAAUGAGAAAGAAGAUGGUCCGGAAUGAUAUGUUUUACAUUCAUUAUCCCUAUGUGCCUGAUCCUGAGCCCAAUGCAAGCACUCAGAAGCCAGCCCGAUACCGGCGAGCAAUCAGCUAUGACAGUAAGGAGUAUUACAUGAGGCUAUUGUCUGGAAACCCGGGAAUGUACCAGCACUCCAUAGAGCAGAACACAGAGGGAGAAACCACACAACAAGAACCCGAACAUGGAGAGGACACCAUCGCAAGGGUCAAAGGUCUGGUAAAGGCCCCUUUGAAACGAUCACGCUCUACAGCAGAUGGGGCUGAUGAGGAGAGUCAAGACCAGCUGCAGGAGCUGCUGGAGUCAGGAGCAAUGGAUGAAGAGCAGAAAACAGACAACACCACACUGCUCCGUCUGCUGGAGGAGGGAGAGAAGAUCCAGCACAUGUACCGCUGUGCUCGAGUUCAGGGUCUGGACACCAGUGAAGGCCUGCUCUUAUUUGGGAAGGAACAUUUCUAUGUGAUCGACGGCUUCACCAUGACCGUCACCAGAGAGAUUAGAGACAUCGAGACACUUCCUCCAAAUAUGCAUGAACCCAUCAUCCCCCGAGGGGCCCGGCAGAGCAAGAGUCAGCUGAAACGAACAUGUAGCAUCUUUGCAUAUGAAGACAUCAGAGAGGUGCACAAACGCCGCUACCUGCUUCAGCCUAUGGCAGCUGAAGUGUUUUCUGGAGAUGGAAGAAACUAUCUGUUGGCUUUCCAAAAAGGAGUUCGGAACAAAGUAUAUCAAAGGUUCCUGGCAGUGGUUCCCUCACUAGCCGACAGUUCAGAAUCUGUCUCUGGGCAGCGUCCCAACACCAGUGUGGAACAGGGGUCAGGUCUUCUCAGUACGCUGGUCGGUGAGAAGUCAGUAACCCAAAGAUGGGAGAGAGGAGAAAUCAGCAAUUUCCAAUAUCUAAUGCAUCUCAACACACUGGCUGGCAGGUCUUACAAUGACCUGAUGCAAUAUCCAGUGUUUCCAUGGAUCCUGGCAGACUUUGACUCAGAGGAACUGGACCUCAACAAUCCAAAGACAUUCCGAAAUCUGUCCAAACCAAUGGGAGCUCAAACAGAUGACAGACUGAUCCAGUACAAGAAAAGAUUCAAAGAUUGGGAGGAUCCUAAUGGCGAGACUCCGGCAUAUCAUUACGGCACUCAUUACUCUUCUGCAAUGAUUGUUGCCUCAUAUCUGGUCAGAAUGGAGCCAUUCACACAGAUCUUCCUUAGGCUUCAGGGAGGACAUUUUGAUCUGGCCGACCGAAUGUUUCACAGUGUGCGAGAGGCUUGGCUUUCGGCUUCCAAACACAACAUGGCUGAUGUGAAAGAGCUCAUUCCUGAGUUCUUCUACCUUCCUGAGUUCCUGCUCAAUUCCAACAAUUUUGACCUUGGGAGUAAACAGAAUGGCACCAAGCUUGGAGACGUGAUUCUGCCUCCAUGGGCAAAAGGAGACCCAAGAGAGUUCAUCAGGGUUCACAGAGAGGCUCUGGAGUGUGAUUAUGUCAGUGCCCAUCUGCAUGAAUGGAUCGACUUGAUCUUUGGUUAUAAGCAGCAGGGUCCUCCAGCAGUGGAGGCGGUGAAUGUCUUCCAUCAUCUUUUCUAUGAGGGCCAGGUGGACAUCUACAACAUCAAUGACCCACUGAAGGAAACCGCCACAAUUGGAUUCAUUAACAACUUUGGCCAGAUCCCGAAACAGCUGUUCAAGAAGCCUCAUCCUCCAAAGCGUGUGCGCAGUAAGUCAAACGGAGAGGCGCCUGGAGGGCCUGUUACACUCAAUUCCACAUUAGACAAAAUCUUCUUCCAUCAUCUGGACAAUCUGCGGCCCUCUCUCACCCCUGUCAAAGAGCUGAAGGAGCCAGUGGGUCAGAUAGUGUGCACUGACAAGGGCAUUCUGGCUGUUGAGCAGAACAAGGUGUUGGUUCCUCCUGCCUGGAAUAAAACUUUCGCCUGGGGCUAUGCAGACCUCAGCUGCCGUCUCUCCAACUACGAGUCUGACAAGGCAGUUGUAGUAUAUGAGUGUCUGUCUGAAUGGGGGCAGAUCUUGUGUGCCAUUUGCCCAAACCCCAAACUGGUCAUUACUGGAGGAUUCAGCACAGCCAUCUGUGUGUGGGAGACCGGCUCCUCCAAAGAAAAAGCCAAGAGCCUCACACUCAAACAGGCUCUGCUGGGACACACAGACGCAGUUACAUGUCUCACAGCGUCAUCAGCCUACCACAUUGUUGUGAGUGGCUCUCGAGACCGAACAUGCAUCAUUUGGGACCUGAAUAAGCUGUCUUUUGUGACCCAGCUGAGGGGUCACAGAGCUCCAGUCUCAGCGCUCUGCAUCAAUGAGCUCACUGGUGAUAUAGUAUCGUGUGCUGGCACCUACAUCCAUGUGUGGAGCAUCAAUGGAAGCCCGGUCGCCAGCGCCAACACUUUCACUGGCCGCAGCCAACAAAUCCUCUGCUGCUGCGUCUCCGAGAUGAACGAGUGGGACACACAGAAUGUUAUCGUAACAGGACACUCCGAUGGUGUUGUCAGGUUUUGGAGAAUUGAGUUCCUGCAAGUCCCAGAAACCCCUGCGCCAGAGCCCAUAGAGCCCCCCGAUGUGCCAGACUGCUGUGGAGAGAUUGAGGGUCGUGAUGCUCCGGAUGAGGACAGCAGUGAAUCUGAAGGAGAGGAAGCCAGUCUCAGUCAGGAGCCCAAACCACGCUCCUCCAACAGUCAGCCCAGCAGUGCCGUCCACAGACCCAAACCGCGCACAGGAGCCUCCUGGUCAGUGGACAGCAGCUCUGACGACUCCCGGCGCUGGUCUGACACACUCAGCAUAGAUGAGAAAGAAGGCUUUGUGUUUGUAAACUACUCGGAGGGCCAGGUCAGACCAGGAGUCCCUGUACAGCCACAUUCCCAGCAGCCGUCGGGGCCCUCACAUGGGCCUGUCCCACAGCCUCUGCAGCCCAGCACUAUGGAGGCCCGGUCCUACAACAAACUCAAACCAGGCUACAGAUGGGAGAGACAGCUGGUGUUUCGGAGCAAACUCACCAUGCACACCGCGUUUGACCGCAAGGACAACGCUCAUCCUGCCGAAAUCACCGCUCUUGCCAUUUCAAAAGACCACAGUAAGAUUCUGGUAGGUGACGGUCGAGGGCGAGUGUUCAGCUGGUCAGUGAGUGAUCAGCCGGGUCGCUCUACUGCAGAUCACUGGGUGAAGGACGAGCAGGUGGACAGUUGUUCUGGGUGCACCGUCCGCUUCUCCCUCACCGAAAGACGCCACCACUGCAGGAACUGUGGACAGGUCUUCUGCCAGAAGUGCAGUCGCUUCCAGUCUGAGAUCAAGCGUCUGAAAAUCUCCUCUCCUGUGCGAGUGUGUCAAAACUGUUACUACAACCUGCAGCAUGAGCGCAGCUCUGAAGAAAACCCCAGAAAUUAGAUCACCCUCACCCACAUCCCAUCCUCAACCUUCCAAAACACCAACCACCCCCCCCCCCCCCCCCCCCCCGCCCCCUCAAAAAAACACAUAGUUCAUCACUCCCACCGGUAAAGCACUGACAUAGACCAAAAUGAGGUCACUAAUGCUCCUAAUUUCAUAUAUCACAGAAUCGUGACCAUUAAAGAGAGACGAUUGUUAGUUUACUUUUCCAUUCACGCAGUUUUCUUUUGGCAGUAUGCGCCGUCAUCUCAUCGCCAUCAACAUUUAGAUUUUAGAAAAAGCAAUGCGUAUAAAACUCUUCUCGAGAUGACAUUUGUUAAUAUUGUAAAUACUUACAGUGACAUUUUUAACUAGAAACCGUCAAACAAGAAGUCAUUAUUAAGAGAUAAAAAAAAAGAUGAAAUCAAAACACAACACUUUGCUUGUAAAAUAGUAUUACAGUAUGAUAAAAAUCACUCCUGGCUUUAAAAGAACAAAACAUGCGAGAAAGAGAGAUAGAGAGAGAGAGAAAGAGUAUGUGUGAGUGUGUGUGUGUGUGUGUGUGUGGUCAACAUCACAAGUCACAGCAUCCCAGUGAGAAAUAAUAUUGGGGACUAUGAAUGUUGAUAAAUAUUUGUGGGUUGACAUUACUAGCUUGUCUAGUUAUGCAAAUGCUUAACUAUUAUAUUUGUUUUAUGUGUUUUAUUGAAGUGUUGCCCACAGUAUCAGCCAGUUGCCAUUCUGACUACUUUAGUUCACUUUUUGUUGCCAAACUGCCUUGAUCUGUAACUACGAUUAUAUUUCUUAACAGUCAUAUAUAGGUCAAUGAAAGUAUGUAAAUGUUGAUUUUAGAUUAAAGACUGUUGUUUUUAUUGACAGGAUUCAUUCACAAGCUCGUAGCCAGCCUGGUGAAAGGGGUGGUUCUUUUUUGUUAAAAAGACCUUUAUAGACCUUUUUACAGCUAUUCGCCUCAUUUUCUAUUUAAUUGCGAACUUAAGUAUUUCUAGUUUAAAUAGCUACUGCAUUUUAGUGACAUUUAAAGCACUAUUUAUUUCUGGAGUAGCUUGUCAGGUGGUCAUUAUAACUACACUUUUUGAUGUAAUAAAACAUUUGCUAAAGAUUUAGAAUGGAAAAGAAAUAUGAAAAAAAAACAUAUUUAUACAUACUAUUUUCAUCGUAUAUCAUUAGAGAAAAAAGGAAUCUGUUAAAGUUUUACAUUAAAAAAUGCUUAUUAAGGCUAACAGCCCAUUCACACAGGGCGUCAGUAUCAACGCUUCCCAUUCACUUUGAAAAAGUGACAACAAGCGUUGCCAAACUGAAUUGUGGGUCCAUUGUCUGCUCGCUGCAGAAGUUGGGAUUUUCUCAACUUUUCAAGUGCCAAUGAAAGUGUCAGCCAAUCAAAUCGCUUUAUGCAAAUACCAAAUAGACAGUAGUCGAUUGCAGGCUAAUUUUUUUGGCUGACGCUGCUAUGACGAUCACGUCAGACCCAACUUUAGACACGCCCUCCGUCAAGCGUUGAUGCUGAAGCCCCAUAUGAAUCGUGUGUGAGCCUAUUGUCUUUUAUUUAUUAAGUAACAAACUGGCAAGCACAUUCAAUUUGGCCACUUGAAUACAAAAAAAUUACACAUGAUAAUAAAAAUAAUAAUAAUGUAGAGCUUCACAAUUUUUCUAGUCUCUCAUGUAAAAAAAAGUACAUUUGAAAAUUGAUUGAUAACAACAAUAGCCUAAUUUGUAUUAAAAUGACCUUUUAGAUGCUUCAAAAUUUACUUUUAGUGCUUUAAACCAUUUUAUUGGUCAUUUUUUCUUUAAAAAAUAAGGCUAGAGAUUGAGAAUAAAAAAUGUUUACUCUAUUUGAAAACAAUACUGUAGGUCAGUGAUUAAUGACUUCACCUACAUUAAAGCAGGGAUGUCAAACUCAAUUCCUAAAGGGCCGCAGCUCUGCACAUUUCAGUUCCAACCCCUAAUUAAGUCCUUCAGGCUUGUUUGAAACCUACCAGUAAGUGUGUUGAAGCAGGGUUGGAACUAAAUUGUGGAGGUCUGCGGCCCUCCAGGAAAUGAGUUUGACAUCCCUGCGUUAAAGCCUUCGAUGAGUUAUUUUCACAAUUUAUGAUGGCAUAGCAGUCAAGAUAGGACAAAUGAGUGUAUGUAAGGACAAAUUCUGGACCUUUCUCGGUGGAAGUUGGGUCCUUCGAACCCCCCCUGGCCACGGGCCUGAUUAAUACUUUAAAGUCGGUGUGAAAUAAAUUUUAAAUGCUUAUUUUGGAAGUACUUUAGGGUUUUUUUUUGGCUGAACGAUUAAUUGAUAAUCUUCGAUCAAAAUCUGAACAUUGGCCUUCGCGUUCGGAGUGGUGGUUCUUCUCUAUUGACGUUAUUUUGACGGCUUCAGUCAUGAUAUUCUUAAGCACACCCCUCUUACGUUAGUUUGCUGUGAGGGAAUUAUGUGCAAUAGAAAGCCCCGCCCCUUACUUAGUAUUCCAUUUUAGAUAGAAGUAAAUCAACAUACCGAAAUAAAAGUCUCAGCAACUUCCGGUUCACGCAAACUUUAAACGAUUUCACCACCUGUCUAAUAGAAUGUUUUAGAGAAAGAUUUCACCACCUUUCUACAAGAAUGUUUAAAAAAGUACUGAAAGACUAUAAUUUGAAUCAAGUUUUGAUCAUGCAUUGCAAAGCUUUGUGUUGAUUCUUUAUCUGUCAUUCAUAAGCAUAUGAAUAGGACGUCUUAAAUCUUAGUUUAAGGCUUUGUUUUUUAUUAAGAACGUGCAUUUUAUUAUUUUCACUCUUCAAAACUCAGUUUGAACCAUUUGCGAUGUUGCACCAGUGUAAAUGUCUGUAGUUUACGAUAGCAAUAGUUACUGAUGUUUUCGCUCCACACACAUUCAAUGAAUAGCCGCAGCUUGAACAUUACAGUGUGUAAAGAAAAAGGGAUUUGACGGACUGUACGCAUAGUUUCUACGUAUUUAAGAUGAGACAAGCCUGCGAAAGAGAGCGUUUGUUGUUUUUGAUUUAUUGAUUUGAUACUGUGGGCAAUACUCUUAUUAAAAGUGCUGCUUUGAUUAAUAGAGAGAUAUUUUUUCUCUUUCUUUCCUUAAAGGGUCUGACACUCACAAGUUUUAGAAAAAAGAUGAAGAUUUUGUUACAUUUGCAGUUGUUUUAUUCACCGUUGUAUGCCAGCCUAAUAUGCACUCGUUAUAUAGCUGAGUUAUUCUUUAUUAAUGUACUGUAAAUCUGCGUGCAAUCGUAACAUCAUGAAGCUGUUGGGAUUUUGCUGUCGACAAGCAGCUCAUAGAUCAAAUGGCUAUAUCAAUCGGAAAUUAUUUUUGCACCUUCGCGUGUAGACGAGAUAAAGAAAUGGAGGAUUCCCUGUUUUAUCAGAUGCGUUUUUAUGUUUUGAAAGGCUGCGUUUCUUUACAGUGAGAUGAUCUGUACAAAGUAUUUAUGCAAUUCUAAGGUUUUCUUUUUUUACGAUUCUGACUCUUUUGUUAUUUCUCAGCAAGUUCGGUUACUUGUUGCAUGUCUAACACCGCUGACUUUCUGUGUCAGUGUAUUGUACAUGUUUUGGCAUUAUGUUUUAUGAGUUUUCUCUCCUUUUUUUGGCUCAGUUUUUAUUUGUUUGGCAUUAUCUAACGAGUCGAUCCUGAAGGUUUUGUGUACAGUUUUAGACGGAUAUACAGAGAACAUGUCCCACGACUCUUGAUCGACUUUUAUAUUGUAUGUAUGGAUGUUGAGGACUGAUCGCAGAACUGAUUGUCCCUGUUUUGUGGUCUUGUGAUAGACUGCAUUACUACAGUAUCUAGUGUGCAAAACUGUGGUAGCUGAAUGUUCAUUGUAUAUUUGUGUUGGAAAACAAUGACAUGAAACCCCCUUCCCCCAUAAAUAACCUGUUAUUAUGACGCAAUAGAUAUGGUACUCAUACUUUUUAAUUUAAUUUCAAUUAAAUACUUGCUGUUUACCACCACC